GAGGGAUAGAGAGGAACAAUUGCGUCGGGUAUAUAAGAUGUGUUUAUACUUGUAAAAACGUUAGAGACCACACCCUGCGAGGUCGCUCUCUCUCUCCAUGCUUGCAAACAUGAAACAAACGCUGGCUUUGUUCUUUCAAGUUGUGCGCUUCUUAGAAAUCAUCAUGCUGAUAGCAACAGCUUAGUCCACAUACGCCAACGGUGCCAGAACUGAACAAAUACAUGUGUGUUGCGCAUGUACACACCAUCCCCUUGACAUCCGUUUCGGCAGAUGCUUCCUCUAAACCACAUGAGGCCACUUACUUUGCUAGAAAAGAGGAGCGGUCGAGACCCACACCGGCCGCUUUUCAGGCUCGCCGUUCUCUUUCUCUAGUAGGCAAAACAAGCUACAACGAAAAUAAAAAUAAAAGGAUAUUUGGUUCUUCCUGAAGACGUACUCAGCCAUCCUAAGGGCACAGAUGCAGGUGAGUCACUCGGAGUCACCUGCCCCUAAAGCCAUUUGGAAGCCGGAGCCUCUGGGCAGAGCGAGGGCGUGGGAGGGCACCUGGCCAGCCUGCCUGCCUGGGGGAACGAAAGGGGAGUGUGGAAGAGAGAUGUCCCCGGAGAAUUGUUUUCUUCCAGGUUCUCCAGCAGCAUGAAAACGAUGCACCAGUUUUGGGUGGUGGUGGGGCUCCUUGUCUCCACUUUCCUCUGUGCGAGCAUCCUCUUCUGUCUGCGGAGGCCGCCACCGCCUCCUGCUCAUCCUCUGGACCGUGCUCCCAGCUACACCAUCACCCUGAACGACGGCACCUUGGCCUUCCACCUGGACCCGAAGAUCUACCAGGACUUCUUCCCCCACCUCCAGGGCUACCAGUGCCGGGAGCUGAUUUCCCCGGACGCCUUGUGCCAGGGGGGACCCCCCUCGGGGGGCGCACCCCUCCUGCUCCUGGCCGUCAAGUCCCACCCGGCCGCCAGCGACCGGAGGGCUGCUCUGCGCCGCACCUGGGCCCGGCCCGGCCAGGUGGGCGGCUUCAGGCUCCAGCCCCUCUUCCUGGUGGCCGCGACCCCCGACGUCCGGCACACCCGCCUGGUGCAGGAGGAGAGCCGGGCCUUUGCCGACCUCGUGAUAUGGGACUUUGAAGAAUCGCACCACAACCUGACCCUCAAGGAACGCUGUUUCCUGCGCUGGGCCCACGUGCACUGCCCGCAAGCCGCUUACGUCUUCAAAGGAGACGAUGACCUCUUUGUGAACAUUGAGGCCCUGACAGAAUACCUCCGGCAGACGCCCAACGCCUCUGACUUCAUCCACGGCAACAUCCAGUACCAUUCGGCUGUGAUGAGGGAAGGAAAAUACGCCGUCUCCUCGGCUCUCUACCCGAUGGCCCAGUACCCCACCUUUGCCUCUGGAGGAGGGUUCGUCAUGCCCAGAGACUCCCUUUCCGGACUCUACCGGGUGUCCCUCUGGCUCCCGGUCUUCCCCCUCGACGACGUGUACCUGGGCUUCUUGGCCCUGGCGGCCGGCCUCUCCCAUCGGCACGAGGGGCGCUUCCGGGUGUGGGGGCCUCCCAAGGACGAGCUGGAGGUGUAUCGAGAGUCCCUGACGGUCCACGGGCUCUCGAUGGAGCGGAUGGAGCAAGUGUGGAAGGCGCUCCACAGCCCUUCUCGGGGCAAAGCUUGACACCCGCCCUCUGGGGCCAAGCGCCAGCGGUUCUGAAGCUCCCUCUGGGCUGCCGGACGGGACCGUUGGCUCAAACUGGCUGGAGAGACCGGGGCCGCCAGAGGCUGAGCCUGGCGGAGACGCCGACGAGGGGGACAGCAGCCCCAAGGGCGGGUGGGUGGGAUGGACACUGACACCUUGUGAACAGGACUAGGACCGGCAAGGCUUUCCUCCAUGAGAGAAGGAAUAUAAUAAUCAAGCGCUGCCCUACAAGUGCUCUCUCAGGCGUGGCUGUGUGGGACUUCCUACUACACACGGUUUGUUGUGGUUCAACAGUGUGAGCAUCAAUAAUCUCAAGAUUAGACACUGUAACCCGCUCUACGUGAGGCUCCCUUUGAGGCUGCUGCGGAAACUUCAAGUGGUGCAGAAUGCGGCGGCCAGACUCCUUACAGGAGUGAGAAAACACCA